AAGGUAAGGUUGUCAUAACACAGCCUUAUAUCAUAAAAAGACUUUAUGACAGCUGUUGUGUGCUGGAGUAGGCCUUUAUUAAUGUUAAUGAGUGUUUAUGUCAGUUGCCAUGAAGUGGAAUGUAAAGGACAUGCACCACCCUUAAGAUACCGAGGAAAAUUAUAGUGGAGCAUUAUUAAGAUCCAUAAUUGGGUAGCACUACUGUAGCUUUGAGAGCACAUCACUAGCAUGACCUCUUUUCUGACAGAGCUCUUAGCUAAAACAGUGAUGAAGCUCGCGCGCGACCUGAGAACCCACGGUGCACGCGCUCUACCGAACUGACGGAGUGUGCACUUGAUACCACGUGGUCAGCUCAUCAUCUGAGAUACAGAAGGUCAAGACUAGUCAAGGAUCACGAUCAGUAUUGGCUUUCUGAACCGCAGAGGAGGACAGCGACUGACUAGUAGCCUGCGGACGCAUUCUGGGUGGAUAUACCUACACUCUGAAGCCAUCACAGCUGCACACACUUCUUCAUCUUCAAGGUAACUGAUACAGUGCAAAAGAAACAGGAGAGCAACCAUGUCACUGUAUCCGUCUUUAGAAGACCUGAAGGUGGAUAAAUUUAUUCAGGCGCAGAACACUCCUACUGCCAGUCCAUCCAAAGCCACACCCCUGGCUCUUCCUGACCCCGCCCACUACCAAUCUAGCCCCGCCCACACUGGGUCAAACGUGGAGGAAGUUGGAACAGAUGCCUCUGGAAGUUUGUAUCCUCAGCUGAGUGAGUUUAUGGGCCUGAAUCUUAGUAUUGAGGCAAUAAAAGCCUUUUCUAUUACAGUCCCUGAGCAAAGCAGUGGAGCUCUCAGUGUUCAUUCGUCCGGCACAAACUGGACAGUUGCUCCCAUAACUGGCAAUGACAUGGGAGUGAAGAGGGCUGAGAUUCGGCAGGGUGUUAGAGAGGUGGUGCUCUGUAAAGACAUGGAUGGCAAGAUCGGCCUCCGCCUCAAAGCCAUAGACAAUGGGGUGUUUGUACAGCUAGUACAAGUGAACACUGCGGCAGCAUUAGCAGGGCUUCGCUUUGGCGAUCAGAUUCUGCAGAUCAACGGAGAGUCCUGCGCUGGCUGGAGCAGUGACCGUGCACACAAGGUUCUGAAGAAUGCCAGCCCUGAGAGAAUAACACUAGCUGUACGAGACAGGCCAAUGGAGCGUGCUGUCACUCUGCAUAAGGACAUGAGCGGACAGCUUGGUUUCAUCUUUAAGAAAGGCAAAAUCACUUCCAUAGUGAAGGACAGCUCUGCAGCUCGUAAUGGACUGCUCACUGACCACCAGAUCUGUGAAAUCAAUGGACAGAAUGUGAUUGGACUGAAGGACUCUCAGGUGUCAGACAUCCUCAACACUAGUGGGAAUGUUGUGACUGUAACUGUGAUGCCAGCGGUCAUCUUUGAACACAUGAUGAAAAGGAUGUGCAACAGCAUUGUGAAAUCUCUAAUGGACCACUCCAUUCCUGAGGUGUGAUACGGACUGACCCACACCUGGCUCAGAAUGGGCUUGCACUACAGCUUAGAUGAAGUGGCGUACUGUACACAUGGACAGUGUUUGUGCUUUUGAGCCAUUUAAUACAAGAAGUGAAAAGUGAGAGACAUUUCUCUUUUUUUUGCAGUAUUUCUCUCUUCCAUCAGUAACUAACUCCUUUAUGUUAAAUGUGCAGUGUUUUUCAAUGCUGAAUUAUUCUCAAAACUCAAAUGACAGCUUCACUGAUAUAAAGUAAAUAAAAGAUCUUUAUCUGCUAUGCUAUAUGCAAA